AUGAGCUUAGUAUUAGUAGUAAGCAAAACAUGUCCACAUUGUAUAAGAGUGGUUUUAACUUUAAACCAUUUAAAAAUUCCUUAUGAAUUGAAAUAUAUAGAUAUGGAGAAUACACCAGAUUGGUUUAUAAAAGCUAGUCCAUUAGAAAAAGUUCCAAUACUUUUUGUUGGUGAUACAAUCCUUUUUGAAUCCCUUGUGAUUAUAGAUUAUAUAAAUACACUUGUUCCUUCAUCAUUACUACCAAAUGAUAAUUUAUAAAGAGCAUUGAAUAGAGCAAGAGCAGAAUUUUCAUAAGAAAUAAUUGAAAUUCUUUGGAGUUUGUUCUCAGCAAAAACAUUAGAAGUACAUUAUAAUAUGAUAUAUAGACUUUUAAUUUAUAUAUGAAAGAAAUGAGAUAGCUAUUCUCUUAAUUAGAAAUAUGGCUCUAAUAAACAAAAUUUAUAUCAGACAAUAUUUUAACUCUAGCUGAUUUUGCAUAUGCUCCAAUUUUUACUAUAUUACCUGCUUUAAAAUAAUUUAUUUAAUUUGAUAUAUUUGAUGGAUUUCCUAGAUUAAGAGAAUAUGUUGACAAUCUUCAUGCACUUCCUUAAUUAUAAAUGAGUUUAGUAGAAAAUUAUGAUCUACUCAUCUAAAAGAAAAUAUAAUCACGAGAACCAUAUUUUUUAAAGUAAUGA